UUUAGCCGUGUUUCUGUCACAGUUAUAACUCGCUAUUAAUACUCCAACGCCGUAGCUGUAGUUGCUGUAAUGAAGUAGCCGGGGGGGAUUCGUGCCGGCGGGCUAAGAGCCGCAGAGAUACGAGCAUUGUUAGCUUUCAUUUCUUUAAUAGCAGCUGAGGUUAGCACAGGGUAUUAGCUGCCCUUGGUUUCGAUUCACGCUGUAGUUUGGUUCUCCAGCAGGUUCUGAAGGACUCACGAUGUCUAAUGAUCUCGCUGGAGUGUGGGAGGUGGCGCUGAGUGAUGGAGUUCACAGAAUCGAGUUUGAACACGGGACCACCACCGGAAAGAGGGUCAUCUACGUGGAUGGAAAGGAGGUCCUGAGGCGGGACUGGAUGUUCAAACUGGUGGGGAAGGAAACUUUCAGCGUGGGCAGUUCAGACACCAAAGCCACUAUCAAUAUAGAUGCAGUCAGUGGCUUUGCCUAUGAGUACACCCUGGAGAUCAACGGGAAGAGCCUGAAGAAGUACAUGGAGAACAGGUCAAAGGUCACCAGCACCUGGUUGCUCAACUUAGACGGCAUUGACUGCAGAGUGGUCCUGGAGAAAGACACCAUGGAUGUUUGGUGUAACGGACAAAAUAUUGAGACUGCAGGUGAGUUUGUGGACGACGGCACAGAGACGCACUUCACACUCGGAGACCACAACUGCUGCGUGAAAGCUGUGAGCAGCGGGAAGAGACGAGACGGGAUCAUUCACACGCUGCUCGUGGACGGCACGGAGAUCGCUGAAUGCACAGAGUGAGCGUGACUGCGCCUGGAUGACAGCAGAGAUCUGGUUUUGUAUCUGUGACGCCGAGUGAGGGCGCGAGGUGAUUUAAAGCUGAUAAAGUCAGGGACCAACUGAGAGAAACAAUGCAUUGCUGCUGUAGUGUGCGGAGUAUAUUAGCCAUAUAUAUACUGGUGAAAGCUGUCCUGUAAAUAGCAUAGCUGAAGACAAAAGCUAAGUUUGAGCAGUUUUAGAAGACCGAGGGCAGCUACUAAUGCCAGAAACAAGCAUUUACUGUCUCCAAAUGUUCACACUGGAUAUUUGAUGUGUGCACUGGUCUUUAUAAUCAUAUUAACACUAUUAAUCUCAGUAAUAUCAUCAACACGGGAGUCCAGAUGUGCCACAUUAUUCUCUCUCAGCCAGGGUUUUAACACAAGCAGCUGCUUUUGAAGAAGUACUGUAUCACACAGCCAAAUGUUACCAGUGAGCUGUCCCAGUAAACCCUCACCUCAUUCUCUCUUACCUUUGUGCUAGCUUUCCUGUAUUUUCAAAUGUUGUGGAGUGGGAGGUUCAACAACGGGGUAACUUUAUUCCUUGAAUGUAGCAGUGGACUGGUUCCUGUUCUGGUGUUGGCCUGUUACAUGCUUUGUGUUUCCAUUGGUUAAUUCUGUUGAUAUGAAGUGAUUAGCUUCCAAUGGCCUGCUGUUGAUGUGUCAGAAUAUUUACAGGGUGCGUUGUUCUCAGUUUUCACUUAGGCAUAAAUCAUUUACACAGCUGCAAUCACUCACUGAUGUCCAAACAUACUUUAAAGACGUUCUGUUCUCUUUAGAAAGAUCUGUGACUGUGUUGUGCUGUCAAUUCAUGAGGUAGUAUCAUAGAGUGUAUGAUGGACAAAGCCACUGUGAUGUCACCCACAUUUGUCAAAGCCACAUUUUUGGACCCUUCAGCUGUCCACUGUGACCCUCUUAGGGUUUUUAAACCAGAUGUCACAGAAGCGGGGUCGAUCGGUCAUUGCCCCCGUUAUCGUCUUUCUGAACAUCAUGUAUUAGAUAUGAUGUAAAUGUAGUGAUUGAUACCACUGAUUAAUUAAUGAAGUGUUUACCGAGGUCACAGCUCAAAUGACAGAGGGCUCCUUUUCCACUGAAAUCUGUUGAGUUUUUUUUCCUGCUAACUACAAGUACAGAAGUCGCCCCCUGCUGGCUAUUAGAAAGGAUGCAGGUUAAGGCAUUGGCUUCAUUUUACCAGUAUGGAAGCUAUGUCCAUCUUAUACAUGCAGUCUAUGGAUAAUACAGAAUUUGAGCUAAAAAUAUUUUAAUAAAAUCAUGGUUAUUAAAUAUUAAGGAUUUCUCCAGUGUAUGUGAAGCAAAUGUUUGGUAAGAGACGUUCACUAAGGCUGUACUCACACUAAGAAAGCUGUGCCAUACCCGAGUAUGUUUGUUUCCCAUUUUCCAGUUUGUUUGACCAGACUGCUGCAUGCUCCACCCCGGCAGGGUUACAUGAACUGCUCCAGUCCAGGUUCAGUUGGACUCAACAUGUGCAUGUUAUGUGACCACUAAUCGUGCACAAGUACUUACAUGUAACUCCGGCAGUUGUUCAAUGACAGCUGCCUGUGUGAAAAUCACUGUGUUCAGCACUUCACAAAUCUAUAAGGCAUAUGAGAGGAUGAAGUGUCAGCACUUUAAAAUGAAACUGGAUGCAUAACAUCAUGAACGUCACUGUAGACACACACUGAUGCACACUCUGAGCCCAGACUGUUAAGGGUGAGUGCAGGCGAUCAGUGGAGUGGUGACAGCCAUGAUGUGUGUGAGUACAUCCUCACUGAAAUUGGAACCCAGAUUUACUCAAACACUGAGCCAAUCCAAACUGGGUUUAGGCAUUAAAGAAAGUACUGUUGGUAUCUAGAAAGAGAGCGCAGUGACAAGAUGGCAUGUAGGAGAUUUUGAACUGAGAUUUUUGCCCCUGCUGCAUAUAUUUCUAUGAGUUCCUUUUUCUAGGUGCAAAAUAUACAGAGAAUUCUUAAAGCUCACAAAUUGAUUUACUAAUGUUUGCAACACAAUUUAUUGCUAAUCCUGAUAAUAUUUAAUCCAGAAUAAAACAUGAAAAUGUUUCCAAUUGUUAUUUUUGUGCUUGAUAUUAAAAUGAGCUGACUGUGUGUGUGUGUGUUGGAAACAUAAUACGUUUUGUAAAUCAUUGGUAAAGUUAACCACACCUUUGAGCUCACAUGCCGUUUUGCCCCAUGUAGUAAAUCUGGCCAAUUUAGCAAACUUCAUCUGCUGAUGUCUGUGAAACUGAACUGAAAUGCAGCUGAACGCUUCGUGAAACGGACACACUAUUUGUUUUUCCUGUCAAACUGUUUCAAGGGUCAAAGGUGAAAAUGUUUCAUGCUCAGUAGACUGUGACAUUGUAUAGUUAUGAUUACCUUCUCACUCUGUUUUUCAUGUGUCGUGUAUACAGGAAUAAUGUUUAUACAUGUAUUUCAUUUUGUAAGUUGUUUAACUUGUAUUUUAUUUUAUUAAAUUUGUGUAGUUGAUCAGGUUUUGUUGUUGAGCUUUAAGUAAAAAAAAAAAUCUGGACACACUUGAA